GUUGACGGCUUGCUAGCAGUAUGUCCAGCAGGUGGGGGUAGUGCAUCUUUAUGCUAUUGUUUUACUGCGAAGAAAAAGACGUAACGCGGAAGUUUGCUUUCAUUUUCUGAAUAUUUUCACACUGGAGAUUUGUUUAUAAUUGUAGGACUUUAUUAGUUAUGCUUUGAUUAUUCUUUUUUUCCUUAAAAUAUUUCAUCACAUACGCUUUGAGGAUAUGGCUAUUUUAUAUACGAUCAGAAGAAAUUAGAGGUUGUCGUACUAGUUAGAUAUUUCAUGUCUUUUGGUGGAAUUUCUGCAGGCACUAACCUCAGUUUGAAGGAUCUUUGACGGGCUGUCUUAAUGCUGUGAGGACAAUAAUGGGUUCAGUUUAAUGCCACAAACUAUUUUUCGUGUUAUGCAAACCAGCAUAUGUUUGUUUACCAAUAUUAUGCCACUAUAGCAAAAAAAAAACAAACCCUCCAAAAAGUGAGUAGAGAAACUACAGCUGAUCGUGAAUAAUCGUGAAUAAUGCUGGACUGUAUGUCGUCAGUGCGGUUCUGGUUUGGAUCAGGUCGUCCUGGCUUCUGCCUGGGGACCUCUUUAUUGGUAACACUCAUGCUACUGAUGUAUGCUGGGGGCAUCCAGGCAAGUCUCAGUGUUGGUCCAGGAGGAGACUUCCCGAGGUUCACAGAUGUGUUCCUGUAUGCUCUCAGCCAUGAUGAGCUGCCCUCUCUGCUGGUCAGUGUAGCUCUGGUGCUGCUGCUUGGAUCUUGUCAGGAGCGCCGCUGGGGGACACUCGCCUUACUCGUCCUCUCCACCCUGACAAUCAUCGCACUACCUUUUCUUUACACCCUGCUCCUCUUUAUUGGUGGGGGUGAGGCGAGCCGGAUCUUUGGCUUCUCUGCCGUCCAGCUUGCUUUAUUUACAGCACAGUGUCGACAGGUGACACAGAGGAGGGUGCUGAGAUGUCUGCCUGUCUGGUUUCUCCCAUGGUUUUUUCUGCUGAUUGGUCUGCUGCUGCUGCCCGGGACACCAGCUCUGCUUCACUUCUGUGCAAUAUGCAUUGGGCACAACUAUCGUCAGCCCUUUAUCGGGAUGUUACAGGAGCUGGAGGAGUCCAGGGUCUUGGAUUUCAUCCCUGACUGGAUGUAUGUUUCCACCACAGCCAGGUUAAGGUUGCCUAGCUACGCUACCUCACACAGAUCUCAACCAGUUUCUCAGACGAUACCCGUAGAUCAGUCAGCUGCUGUCCCAAUGAACCAACCUUCUGCUUCAAACCACCGCUCAUGGAUUGAACCUUUGCCUGCCUGGAUAAUGGAGGAGUCUACUGUGACUGCUGAGGAAGAGGUGCUGGAGGAGCAGAUGCUUAGAGCGGGGAUACUGGCCUCAUUACAGGAUGCUCCCGAUGAUCCUGGUGCAAAAGUGGAGGUUCCUAAAUCAUCGGUUUCCUCUUUGCGUCUUCAGCAGCUGGAGAAGAUGGGCUUCCCCACAGAAAAAGCUGUUGUGGCUCUAGCAGCAUCAAAACAGCUAGAUGGCGCCAUCUCCUUGCUUAUAGAAGACAGCAUCGGAGAACAAGCUGUGGUGGUAUCUAAGGGGAAGAGCCCACUGCCACCAAACACCUAACUCGCCUCACAAGUCUGGA